AUGAGCAACGAAUACGAUUACCUGUUUAAGCUUCUUAUUAUCGGUGACUCCUCCGUUGGAAAAUCUUGCCUGCUUCUCAGAUUCGCCGAUGACUCUUAUGUCGACAGCUACAUUAGCACCAUUGGCGUCGAUUUUAAAAUCAGAACUGUUGAACUUGAAGGCAAAACCGUCAAACUGCAAAUUUGGGAUACGGCUGGACAAGAGCGAUUCAGGACUAUAACUAGCAGUUAUUAUAGAGGAGCUCAUGGAAUCAUUAUUGUUUAUGAUGUCACUGAUAUGGAAAGUUUCAACAAUGUCAAGCAGUGGUUGCAUGAGAUUGAUAGAUAUGCCAAUGACAGUGUGUGCAAGCUUCUUGUCGGGAACAAAUGUGAUCUAACCGAAACCAAGGUUGUUCAGACACAGACUGCCAAGGCUUUUGCAGAUGAGCUUGGUAUCCCUUUCCUUGAGACAAGUGCUAAAGACUCUAUCAAUGUGGAGCAAGCUUUCUUAACUAUGGCAGCAGAGAUUAAGAAGAAGAUGGGAAGCCAACCAAGUGGUAGUAAAUCAGCAGAAUCUGUUCAGAUGAAGGGGCAACCAAUCCCACAGAAUAGCAACUGUUGUGGUUAG